UCCAAACAGAAAGGAAGUGUUUCCAAAUAGAAAGGAAGACGAAUAUCUGAAACCACACAAAGCUUGAGCAUUGUUGUGCGCGUUUGCUGUCGUCGAACCACAAAUAUUUCAGAUUACAACGGCAAAACAUGGGGAGAUAGAGGUUCGAUUUUCAAGGUUCCAGCUAAUUGGACGUCGGUCCCCCUUUGAGACCCCACAGAAGGAAGCUUGAGGCCCCUGAGAGGCCCCAUGGUCUGAGGAUUGGGCCCCUGUACCAGUCCUCUCCCCGCAGCAUCAUUAACCUGCCCGGCUUCUCAAGCUCCGCCUCCCCGCUCUCCGCCAGCAUGGCCAACAGCGCCGCCGCCACCCCCGCCAAGGUCCUGGGGACCCCCGGGCCCGCCGGGAGACUCAGCCCCGAGGGGACACAGGUGCUGAGUAAGAAGAAGCUGCAGGAUCUCGUGCGUGAGAUCGACCCCAACGAGCAGCUGGAUGAAGACGUGGAGGAGAUGCUCCUGCAGAUCGCGGACGACUUCAUCGAGAGCGUGGUGACCGCCGCCUGCCAGCUCGCUCGCCAUCGCAAGUCCAGCACCCUGGAGGUGAAGGACGUCCAGCUGCACUUGGAACGGCAGUGGAACAUGUGGAUUCCCGGGUUCGGCUCGGACGAGAUCCGGCCGUACAAGAAGGCGUGCACCACAGAAGCCCACAAGCAGAGGAUGGCUCUGAUCCGCAAGACGACCAAAAAAUAGCGAGAGCAUCUGGAGCUCCUCCCUCCCUCCUGCUUUUCUCUCCUUCUCUCUCCUCCUCUCUCCUUCUCUUCUCUUUUUCUCCCUGUCUUUUUCCCCGGACUGCCGGUUGGGUGGAGUCGGACGAGGGUCGGCAGGGGAGCGCGAUGCUGAGUGCAGUGACCGAUGUGUUAGAGGGGGGUCAUUGUGUACAUUUAUACCAUCAGCCGUUUGGGUGGAAGGGUUGUGUGGGGGGUGGGU